AUGUAAAAGUUCAUGGCUCCAGGAACUGCUUUGGAGGAACCUGUUGAUAAGCCUUUCCAUAAUAUGAUAAUUAGGGCAGACUAACAUUAGGUGAUGCCUCCGUAUGGAUGGCUGAUAUGUGUUUAAAGUAGGGCUGCCCUAAUAAUAAAUACCUGUUUACUUUGUAGGGAGAGAAGGAGGUAAGAAAAGAACUGUUGUCAAAGGUGCCAUCAAAUCCAAGGUCAGGGGUACCACCUGCCUUUUUCAAAGCAGGCAAGCAGUAUGAAGGUCACAUUUUAUCUAAGUAGGCAGGUGGUACCACUGAACACACCUUCAGCAGGCAAAGUACUGAACACCAUAUUUGAAUGUUUGCUUCAGAUUUGUUCUCCAUUGUUUUACAAGUAAUCUAGAAACGUUCUAGUUCCUGGGAGAGGGGCCAAUGCAGAAUGAAUAACUUAUAUCAUUGCUUCUCUGGAAAGUGUUAACUUGCUGAAUCCUCAGAUCUGUGUUAAGUGAAAUUUUGGUUUGGAUAGGCCAGAUGGGCCUACGCUCAAAAGUUGUCAACCUUUUCCUGAGUUCCAAUUUCCCUGGUACAGGAGGUGACAAACAAGAGCUAAAACUGGUGCAUUUUGUCUGCACUUGUCCCUUGGAGCAGUUAAUAAUGUGGAAAGCUGUCAGAGUACCUGCAUUAUUUGAGCACAAAGAAGGUGAAGCACGAGGUAAAACUGGGUGUAAUUUGGCAGCUAUUUCAGGCAUUUUGUGACAUUGGUAAGACACAUGAUUGUUAGAAUAAAACAAGGGUGUAGAUAUUCUGCUGAGAGCAUUGCAGUGCACCCUGUUGUCACCCACUCGUGGCACUGUGAGGAUGCCAUUGUACAGCUGGGCAUCCUGGGUGAGGGACAGAGAAUUCCAGCCUUGGCUGUGCUUUAAAAGCUCCCUGUGCUGUGGCUGAGCAGGGCUCACCUUCCUGAGCAAACACGGAUUGCUCACCUUACACAACACCGGACGUGCUCCUUCAAUUAGUGUUUGUGUGGAUCUGAGCUAUUUUGAGAGGGUUAGGUGGAGAGGGAUAGGAGGCAAAAGGAUUGCAGGAAGUGAGGAAAGGAGGAGGUUUCUUCUCCUGGGUACAAGUGCCUCUGUAGUUCAUCUGUCCUGACCUCUCAAAAUACUUUCAGCUGUGUUCUCCUGCCAACACCAGUCCUAACAUUUUUACAGGUGUUUAUUUCCUUCCCUCCAUUUCGCAGCUUUCCCCACCAUGAAUUUCAGAAGAAGAUAAAAAUCUGUUGAAAUCUUCAGUGAUACAGCCUGGGGCUGCUUUGGCAGUAUUAUGUGACUGUUCAUUUUCCAGAGGAAAUAUGUCUGACUGUGAAGGGCAAUUUGGUUAUCCUCAACUCCUUCUGAGUUUGACCUAAUCUUGCAUUAGGAUCUGUUUACUCUGACCAGAGCUGCCACAGCAGUGAGGUUAAGUCUGCAUGUCUGUCCUUUUAUACUGGCAAUUGAUGGCAUAAUAAGCUCCCACACUUGAGCAGAUGCAUGAGAUGAAGGCAAGCAGUGUUUAACAAAGCUGGUUAUUUUCUUCUGGUAGCUAAUUGUUAUUUUAGACUCAGCUUCCUGCUAGCUGUGGUCAGAUUAAAUAUCAGGUGUGUGUUCAUCCCUCAUAAUGAGUUAUCCUUUACAGGGUGAAUAUUUGUCUGCACUACAAAAUAUUUGUCUGCACACACUGCUUCUUAAUGACUUUUUAAUGAAUUAACAGUAUUAAAAACUAAACAGUAUUAAAAAGCUUUUUAUCUGUUUGCCAAACAAUCACAGUACCUAUUGUUAUGCAAGUAGCUAAAGGUGCUGAACUGAUUCCUGUUAAUAAAGCUCACUUGAGAUGUGAAGCAGUGAGACAGAAGUUUUCAUCUGCUUGUCUGGGAUUAGCUGGAGAAACCUGGUAGUGGAAAAUGUACUUGGGCACAAGACAGGCCAUCUGAUCAUUAAUAUUAAGUGUUAAUAUAUUUAAUUGUAGAUUCUUGGCGCUGUGGGACGUGUUGCAGCUGUUUUGAUUCUGACCAAAUGGUCUUCCCUGCAUCUCGUUUGUGGUUUUGGUGACACUGGGCCAGUCUGCAACGUUGGAGCAUUGGUUGGAGAACAUGGGAUCUGGUAGUUCUGUAAAUAUCCAGUACAAGUACUCCCUGCAGAAGUCUGAAAGUGCUUUCAAGGCAGCUGUCUUGAUCCAGCAAUGGUAUCGGCGCCACGUGGCUCGGCUGGAAAUGCGCCGCCGCUGUACCUGGAGAAUCUUUCAAUCCAUUGAGUAUGCCUGUGAGCAGGAUCAGAUCCAGCUUCACAACUUCUUCAGUUACCUCAUGGACCAGUUCACACCAAGCAGCAGCAAAGAGAGGGAUUUUAUCAGUCGCAUGUUGAUAAGCGGGGAGAGUUACAAAGAGGCAGAGUUGGAAAAGUACUGUGACUAUGAAUCCAUAGAGGUGCCAGACUCCUACACCGGACCCCAUCUCUCUUUCCCUCUCCUCCCUGACCAUGCCACGGCCUUGCUGGAAGCUUUCCAACAGAAACAACAGCUCCAUGCUCGCUAUGUCUUAAACCUCCUGCACGAGACCAGGAAGCACCUCAAGCAGUUGCCAAACAUCAGCCACGUCUCCACCUGCUACAGCGAGGAGGUCACCGUGUGUGGAGAUUUGCACGGCCAGCUGGAUGACUUGUUCCUCAUCUUUUACAAGAACGGCCUUCCUUCCCCUUCCAAGUCCUACGUGUUCAAUGGGGACUUUGUAGACAGAGGCAAGCAGUCCCUUGAGAUCCUUGUUAUCCUCUUUACCUUCCUCCUGAUCUAUCCCAAGGAGGUUCAUCUCAACCGCGGGAACCAUGAGGACCACAUGGUGAACUUACGCUAUGGUUUCACCAAGGAAGUGAUGCAGAAAUACAAGGUGCAUGGGAAGAAAAUCUUGAAGAUGUUUCAGAAUGUAUUCUGUUGGCUGCCCCUGGCCACCCUGAUUGAUCAGAAAGUCCUCAUUAUUCACGGGGGCAUCUCUGACACCACUGACCUGGACAUGCUUGAGAAAAUUCAAAGGGACAAAUUUAUUUCUGUGUUAAGGCUGAAGAAAAGAAAGGAGUCGAGCAGAAAAGCAGAACUACAGGCCAUAAAUGGUGAGAGGGAAUCAGGCAUUGAUGCAGCAGGGAAUGAGGCAGCUCCCAGGUUAUCCCUGCAGCCCCAGUCAGCCCAGGCUCCCAGCACAGCCAACAGGCUGGAGUUCACCAGGUGGCUCCGGCAGACGGUGCAGGAGCAAAUCGACACGUGCCGCCGGCUGGUGGACAUCAGUGAGUCAGAGCCCGAGGAGCUCACCUAUUCCAGCAUGGUCUCCUUGAAGGGUGCGGAUGAUGAGCCGUGCUGGAGUCGCCAGGAGGAGUGGAAGCAGGUUUUAGACAUCCUCUGGAGCGACCCCACGCCUCAGGAGGGCUGCAGAGAAAAUAAGGUGCGAGGUGGUGGAUGCUACUUUGGGCCUGAUGUGACAGAGAAGUUCCUUGAGAAGUACAGCUUGCAGUUCCUGAUCCGCUCUCACGAGUGCAAGCAGGAGGGCUACGAGUUCUGCCACAACCGCAAGGUGUUGACCAUCUUUUCAUCCUCAAACUACUACGAGAUUGGCAGCAACAGGGGAGCCUAUGUGAAGCUGGGACCAGACCUCAUCCCCCACUUUGUUCAGUACCAAGCAAACAAGACAGCCCAUACGCUCAAUAUGACCCAAAGAAUAAGCAGAGUAGAGGAGUCAGCCUUUCGAGCCUUGCGGGAAAAGCUCUUUGCUCACACCUCAGCCCUCAUCAGUGCCUUCAAGGCCUACGACGGGGACAAUACAGGAAGGAUCACUCUGAGCAACUGGGCGACAGCAGUGGAGUCGGUGCUGCGGCUGGGGCUGCCCUGGCGAAUGCUGAGGCCGCAGCUGGUGCGCAGCACCGAGGAUGGAAUGCUGGAAUACAAAUCCUGGCUGGAUGACCUGGCCAUGGAGCAGAGGAGCCAAGAGCACAUCCAGUCAAGCUUGCUGGAAGUCAUUUAUCGAAACAGAUCCAACUUAGAGACCAUAUUCAGGAUCAUAGACAGAGACCAUUCAGGUCUCAUCUCCUUUGAGGAAUUCCAGCAAACCUGGAAGCUGUUCAGCUCCCACAUGAACAUUGAACUCACGGAUGAUGGCAUUAACGACUUGGUUCGCAGCAUUGAUUUUAACAAGGAUGGCAACAUUGACUUCAACGAGUUCCUGGAAGCCUUCCGCCUCGUCAAACAGUGCCCGGCGUGAGAACCUGCUCAGGGUUACCACGUCCCAUGCCUUGAUUUCCACAACGCCAGGACUGCCUGACCUAACAUAGAGGGUGCCUGCAGAUGGCAAGCAGGGAAAGGGAAGGCAGGUGCUUAGAACAGACCGUCACUGACCCAUCUGGGGAAGGUAACAGGUGAAACAGAUGAGCUGCGCUUGAGUUCGGGCUGUUCUUAAAAGAAGCUGUGUUUUAAGUAGUUUCCUGCUCAAAGGGAAGAUGCAACUUAGCUUCUCUUGGCAGUGUGAGGAAAGGUUACAGGUAUUUUCAAAAAGCAGUGAAGUGGAAGUUGAAGUAUUGCUUGUAGGCAGUGUUUUAAGGAGGUAGCACCUCUUUGAUCACAGCUUUCCUUUUAAUAAACCAUUUUUUCUAGA